CAUCGGUAUUAUUAACAUAACAAAUAUAGAUGUACUAAUGGUAAAUAUUUAAACAAAAAUAAUGGACCUAGAUUUAGUAUGUGAAGAAACUGAUUUGGAUUCAUUGCAACCAUACCCUUCUGGUGCUCCUUCUACUCCAAAUUCGAACAGAUCAUCUCCAGCCAAUGGCAAUGACGAAGCCUCGUUUCAAACACAAUUAUUUUUACAAGGAUCUGAAAAUGGAGACACCUUUUCGGGGCAUAUGGCAGGAGUGGAAAGUAAAUCAAAUAAUUCGAAACGUGGUCCGGGGAGGCCUAGGAAAGAUUUGCCUCAACAUAAGGGCAAUGUGAAGCGAAAAAAUUUUUUGGACCAUGUACAAAGUAAUGAUCGUACUAAUCUUUCUAUCGCACCAAUGUCUUCAUCCGAAAGUUCGAAUACUGGAUAUCCUGAAGAUAAAACAAUAACAAAUAUGGAUGAAAUUUCAAAUAUUGAAUAUCCUGGGAAAAUAUGUUGUCUAUGUAAUCUUGAUGAAAAAAGUGCUUUGGGGCAGGGCGACUUUUUAAGAUGGGAGGUGGAUCCCGAUAACUGUGAAAAAGCUAUUCAAUACUACAUGGAAACAAAUUCUAAAAACGAUGAACACUUAAGGCAUACCACUAUAGACCAAGUUUCAUUCCGUCGACAAAAAAAUAAUUGCAGAGGAAAAAUAUCUCAAAAUACUUGCAUCAACGAACUAGAUAAAAUAGGGCAUAUGGAGAAAAUGUCCCUUAAUACAAUUUUAGAUGGUUCUUAUAUCUAUUCGCACCGUAUGUGUCUUAUGUGGUCGCAAGGCGUAUAUGGAAAAACUGACGAAAUCAAGGCGAACAUAGAGUUCAUAAUUGCUAAAAGCCUCUCACAAAAAUGCUCAUUUUGUGGACAGUAUGGAGCAAGUAUCACAUGUAAAAUGAGUUGCACAAAAGUGUUUCAUUUGCCGUGCGCUGCAGCAUCAGCUAGCUUUCAAAUCAUGGAUAAUUUUAUGGUUUUUUGCUUGGAUCACAUUGAACAAGUAAUGGUUAUAUGUCCAGAUGCUAAUAUCACGUGCCAAAACUGUUCCUCCAUGGAUAAUAUGGCAAAAAUGAUCAUGUGCGCCACUUGUGGUGACCACUUUCAUACCAAUUGUGUUGGUUUAAUAAAUACUCCAGAAACUAGGGCGGGUUGGAAUUGCCCCAAUUGUCGGAAAUGUCAGAUAUGUAGAGAGAGUGACGGUACCGAAGGACGUUUCAUUAAAUGUGAACAGUGCCAGCGAUUAUACCAUAAUACCUGUUUACGACCCACGAUCUCUUCUUUGCCAAAAUAUGGCUGGAAGUGCAAUCGUUGCCGGGUUUGUACUGACUGUGGUUCAAGAACUCCCGGGGGUGGGACUUCAUCUCGAUGGCACUGUCACUACACAAUUUGUGAUUCGUGUUACCAGCAACGUAAUAAAGGAUUUUCUUGUCCUAUUUGUCACAAAGCUUAUAGAGCUUCUGCCCACAAGGAAAUGGUUAAAUGCAAUUUUUGUCAUAGAUUUGUACAUAGUACAUGUGAUGAAGAUGCCGACUUGAUUACUUACCACAAAAAGAAAGAAAAUAAUCCUGAUUAUGAUUAUAUAUGUCCACAAUGUAAGUUAUUGCCAACGAGCGAGAAGAUUAUACCAAAUCAAUGUAAUUCAAAUCGCUCCGGAGAAGGAAUUACCUUGGCUCAAGGAAUAGAUGACAAUUUUAUUAAGGAAAUGGACAUAGACAAUUUUCAAAACAAUUGUGGAGGUGAUUUUAAUUCGACAGAAUCUCAAUCAUCCAAAAUAUUCAGAAAAAAAAUAUUAUAUCGCGGUCGAGGUGGGAAAUUAAUGGGGCAAAAGAGUAAUAUUUUAACACAUCUCGGGCGAAAACGUAAUUCUGUUCGUGGUAAAGGACGACAUCUAUUAAUAAAUAAUAUCAAUUUAGCUUCAAAUGGUGAAAGAUUAUUGACCUCGAAUAAAUCCUCAGAAGAUUGCCUGUCCAUGGAAAGGAAAAUAUUACUGUGCUCUGCAAAGGACAAAUUUCUUUUGUCACAAGAUUUGUGUGUAAUGUGUGGAUCUGCUGGGCUUGAAAAGGAAAGCAAUCUUAUUGCUUGUGCACAAUGUGGUCAAUGUUAUCAUCCUUAUUGUGUGAACACAAAAAUAUCGAAUGUAAUUUUAGAAAGGGGUUGGAGGUGUCUUGAUUGUACUGUAUGCGAGAGCUGUGGUCAACGAAACGAUGAGGCGAGACUAAUCCUUUGUGAUGAAUGCGACUUAUCAUAUCAUAUAUACUGUGUAACUCCUCCAUUAGAAACAGUUCCGCAUGGCAAUUGGAAAUGUAAGUGGUGUGCUGCUUGCCAAAAAUGUGGUCGAUUUUCUCCCGGAGUAAGCCAACAAAGCCGUAAUACAUUCACUAACGGUAUCAUGGAAUGUGGCCAAUGUUCAAGCCAAGAAAUGUGUUCAUUUUGCGGUCAACGAUAUAAUGAUGGCGAGCUUAUUAUACAGUGUAAAAAUUGUGAACGUUGGUUACAUUGUCGUUGUGACUCUAUAAAUACUGAAGAGGAAGCCCAAAUAUGUGACAAUAUAGAAUAUCAUUGCAUUCUAUGUCGACCCAAGGACAAAUCUCUAGCCCAAUUUUUAUCUUCAACAACAUUAAAAGUAAUGAAAACAAUACCAUUAAGCUCUGACACUAUAAUCCCACCAAAUAACGACACAGAAACUACAUUUUGGGUAGAUGGUGUUAGUAUGAGUGAAAGAGGUGCUAAUAUGAUUAAAGCAUUGUCGACAGACAUAAAGAAAAAACGUAAAGUACGUACUCCUAAUGAUUCACAAAAUAAAGAGUCUGGAAUAUUAGCAGCUAUAGAGUCUGUUGUUGCUGGAUCAAAUAACAAUGUUCCAAUAGAAGAAAACAUUGACACAGACUCAUUAAAAAAGAGGGACACAGAUCAUUACAAGGACGGAAUGGUUUGGACAGGUGCCGAUAAUAGUCCACCUGAAGGAUUUUCGAUUUCUACGAAUGAUGAUGGAAUUGCAAUAUUACGGAAAAAACGUCAACGAAAUUUACAAAAAAUUGGUAUUGGCGGAUUCAGUGUGCGGAAUCGUGCUAUUAAAAAAGACGAAGCAUCAAACAAUUCUAAUAAUUGUAGUUAUACCGAUUCAGAAAAAAGAAAGAAAACCGUUCGAAAAAAAGUUAAAAGUCGUUUGAGUGAAUCUUAUCCAGCGUACUUGCAAGAGGCAUUCUUUGGUAAAUCACUACUUGAAAUGAAAACCAGAAGCGAAUUACCGGUUGAAGAUUCUGACAUAUCCGAUGAACAAAUUGAGCUAAUUGAUGUUUUAUUUGCUGAAGAAUCGCCUAGUUCAAUGAGCAAAAACGUUCCAACAUUAACUGCAAAUACUAAUGAAGACCAAAACAACGCAAUUCCUACGUUGACUUCAAAUGUCAAAAUAAAAUGUAAAGAUGUGGUUGAAAGCGGAAUUAUUGGAAAUGGAGUUGAAGCUUUGAAUGCCGUUAAUACAAAUACAAUGCAUGAAAUUUCCAACAGCAGCAUAAUAACUUCGUCAAAAUUUGUGGAAUCAAAGAAGACAAACACAAAAGCCGAUGAAGCCAAGCCAGCAAUAUUCUUUACGGAUUUAUCGAAUGAAUCAGGUAGAUCGACCUCCACUUCUAAUGUUAAAAGCCAAGUGAUUUCUACUCUCGAUGACCACGCAAUGAAACUAAUAUAUUCAGAAACACAACGAGUUAUUGAUUUCAGUGCGAUUGCGGCCUCAAAGCAAACGGAAGAGACUAAUUUAUUGGUUAAUAAGCUAAAUGAAAAUGAGGCAAAUGUGGCUUUUAUUUCGCAAUCUCCUAAACAAAUUAUAGAACAACCACCCCAAAUGCAAAUAUUGCCGAUACAUGUGCCACUGCAAAAUACAACUUGUUUAGUUGAUAGUCCUGCUGCUGAAAGUUCGAUAAUUCCUCAUAACCAAUUUGCUCAACAAUUGCAAAAUUCACAACUUAAAACUGCUCCGCCACAACUUGAUUCGGCUGGGACACAAAAAACAGCUGAAAAGAUGAGACGAGAUGAAGAUUUGGGGAAAACAGCAACAAUAUCGGCAGUACUUUAUGCUAAUACUCAGCAUCCUGAGUUAAAACAGAUGUAUCCAAACUGGAACGAUCGUUGUAAACAGAUUCUAAAAAGGUGGCGGUCUCUUUCUAAUGAGAAAAAAGCACCUUUCCUCCAGCAAGCGAAAGAUAACAGAUCUGCUCAUAGAAUACGGAGAUCACAGCAGGACCAGGAAAGAAUAUGUUUUAAUCAAAAGUCCUUAAAAGAGCAAGAACAAGAACGUAUAUGGAAACAACAUCAAGCAAAAGCUAAAGAAUCACAAAACAGCGUCAAUUAUAAUAACAGAGGGUAUUCAUUUGAUUUAAAUGGAACAUAUGAAAUGUGUUCAAUAGACAAGCGAGAUAUAAUAUACAACGGAGACUCUUUGCAUAAAAGGACACAGCCGCAACUAGUUUCAAAAGAAAAACACGAUAAACAGUCUGAAAACAAACACCUAAGAACACUGCUUUUAAAGGAACAGCAACUUAGGGCUGCAACAACAGAUCCUUGGAUUUCGAACCCAGCACCCAACAAUUCUCCCAACAGUUUGUAUCAACGCUCUUUAUCAAGUGAUUUGAUGCCUACCUCAAAUGAAGGCAAAAAUAUUCCGGUUGAUGAAUCAAAAAUUAUUAAACCGUUCGAAGCUGUUCAGUUGGAACAACCUAGUUGUAAUGAAAAUAAGCAAGUUUUUAAAAGCCGUAAAGAUAUAAAAUCAACAGAAAGUGGAGAGCCUGAGCUAGAAAAACUAGACUCUGAUGAAAAUGGGGCUUUUGGAGAUAUUUUGGGUGGUUUGGGAGAUGGAAAUGACGAUGAUCUCUUAAAAUCUUUAACGGCAGAAAUUGGGGAUGAUUUUAAUAUACUUGAAUAUGCGGAUCCCGCUUUAGACGAAUUGGCUUCAAAUCCAAACUUAUUAAACAAAUUAGAUUUUGAAUAAUUACCUUGCUACAAACAUUA